AUGAGCGGCCACACUUUCCCUGUCGAUCUUAAGCAGUUCAAGCAUUUGAAGCUUGACCCGAAGACCCCACAGUUGACCGCUCAGCAGAAGAGCGAUCUACUUCACAACAUCAAUGUUUUCAGAGAUGCUCUAGUUGCAUUCACAGCCACUGGCUCCGCCCGUGGUGUCUCAGGCCACACUGGAGGUCCCUUCGACACAGCUCCUGAAGUCUGUAUCCUGCUUGCCUUCAUCAAUGCCAACCCUAAUAGAUGGGUCGAUGCCUUGUAUGAUGAGGCCGGCCACCGUGUCGCCACACAAUAUUUGCUUGCCGCCCUGGAUGGCAAGAUUGAGCCCGAUCACUUGCUGAACUACCGUGCUGCCGACUCCCACCUUCCCGGUCACCCCGAGCUUGGAUUCACCCCCGGUGUCAAGUUCAGCUCUGGUCGUCUCGGUCACAUGUGGGGAAUGGUCAAUGGUAUUGCUAUGGCCAACAAGGAUAAGAACGUGAUUAUGUUGGGAUCGGACGGAUCUCAACAGGAGGGUAACGAUGCCGAGGCUGCACGACUCGCCGUCGCCCAGAACCUGAAUGUUAAGCUGUUCAUCGAUAACAACGACGUCACUAUCGCUGGACACCCCUCGGAGUAUCUUAAGGGCUACGAGGUUGGUCGUACCCUCGACGGACACGGUCUAAAGGUCGUCAAUGCCGAGGGUGAGAACGUGGAUUCUUUGUUCCCAGCUAUGUGCGAGGUUGUCAACCACAACGGUCCUGCCGCGGUGAUCGUUAACCGGAAGAUGGCCCCUGGUAUUGAGGGCAUUGAGGGCGAGACCCACGCUCAUGAUGUUAUUACUGUUGAUGUCGCCCGCAAAUACCUCACUAAGCGCGGCUACAGCGAGAAGCAGCUCGCCUUCUAUGACCAGAUCAAGCCUGGCUCCAACCCUCACACAUACAAAGGUUCCUCCAAGGAGAAGGGCGGAAACCGUACGAUCUUCGGUGACGCUGUCAACGACAUCCUUGACAAGCUGAGCAAAGAAGAAGCUCGGCGCCGCGUCAUGGUCAUUGACUCUGACCUCGCAGGCUCCACUGGUCUCAAGGCUAUUGGCGCUAAGCACCCCGAGUCCUUUGUUGCAUCCGGCGUCAUGGAGCGAGGUAACUUCUCCGCAGCCGCUGGAUUCGGCUUCGGCAGCAAUGGCGAGCGCCAGGGUGUCUUCUCUACCUUCUCUGCUUUCUUGGAGAUGUGUAUUUCUGAGAUCACCAUGGCCCGCCUGAACGACUGCACCGUGCUAUCGCACUUCUCCCACAGUGGUGUCGAUGAGAUGGCCGAUAACACCUGCCACUUCGGUCUGAACCACUUCUUUGCCGACAAUGGUCUCAUGGACGCCGAGAGCACCUCAUUGUACUUCCCCGCCGACGGAGAGCAGAUGAAAGCCGUCGUCAACGAGGUCUUCUGGAACAAGGGCCUGCGCUUCAUCUUCUCCACUCGCUCCAAGGUUCCCUACAUCUUGAAGGAGGGCACCGAGCAGAAGCUGUACGGCGACGGCUACAAGUUCGUCCCUGGCAAGGAAGAGAUCAUCCGCAAGGGCUCUGCUGGCUACAUCGUUUCGUACGGUGACAUGCUCUACCGCUCUCUGGACGCAGUCGAAACCCUGCGCGCCGAGGGUCUCGAUGUCGGUCUGAUCAACAAGCCUACUCUCAACGUCGUCGACGAAGAGACCAUCAAGGUCUACGGAUCUUCACCAUUUGUUCUAGUCGUCGAGUCCAUUGCUCAGAAGACAGGUCUCGGCUCUCGUCUCGGUACCCACCUCCUCGAACGCAAGUUCACCCCCAAGUUCAAGUCAAUUGGAGCUAUCAAGGAGGGCUGCGGUGGUUUGUACGAGCAAGUCAACGCCCAGGGCCUUGGCCCCAGCGAUAUCAUCGCUGCUGUGAAGGAGGUUUCCGGAAAAUAA